CCGGCGGAGGGAGCGAUGUGAGGUCAACGGCUCCCCCCGGCUCAGGCACAACCAGUGCAGUGUGCUGCCCAGACAGGGCUAUGGCCCCAGCCCUGACCAAAAUCCUGAAAAAUGGCCACGGGAUCCACUUGUCGUCGCCUCCCGCCGCUGUCAGGAUGGACUCGGAUGGAAGAGCCAGCAAUGAGCUGGAGCCUCACAUGAGCUCUACGGAUGACGGCGGCCUCCAGAAGAUGUGGCUGAACCUCUCCUCACUUCGCUUGCCGGACUGCUGCCCCACCUUGAGCCUCCUGGAUGCCCCUGCAAACCCGGCAGCUCCAACAUGCCUGCAAACAUCUGCCCACCUGUGUGAGAUAAUGCCCCUGCCCGGUCCAGGCGGCUCGUUUGUCCGCCUCCUGUCCCUCGAUACAGACCAGAGGGAUUCUCAUCAGGUGGCCUCUGUCUUCCCAGGUGUACCAGACAUGUUUGUAGUCCGUGCCCCUGAGCACAAUAGCCAAGAGGCGUGUUUGCUGCAUGGACAGAGUGCUGCCCCUGAAUGUGGGCCAGAUGGUGGUGAUGUGCAUCACUCCUCUCUUACCUUUCCCAGUGUUUGUCCUUUAUAUUCCCAGUCCCAGGGCUACACUCCUUUGUUUGCAACCUCGCCUACAAUAACACAGGAGAAAACAGCGAGGAUGGGAUUUCUUCCUCCAGCUUCAGCGCAGCCUUGCGUUGGCAGGGUGAGUCUUGAUCAGCCGACGACCAAAGCUGUGCUCGAGGAGGCUGUGAAGGAGCAGCUCACCAGGCAGGCAGGGCUGCACAGCCGAGCUUGGAGCCUACAAAGGAGACUGCAAGUUCUGCUAGGAGAGCACGCUUUGCGACACUGCAGCCAGCAGCUGGAAGGGCUGAAAAAACACCGUCAGCUUGGAGGUGUGUCUCUUGGCAGCUUGGACUCUAUACAUCCUGGUGUACUACAUCCACAAGCGGAAAGUAGACCACAGUUUUCUUGGCUCGAGCCGUCCGCAGCACCGUCUGCUCUCACAGAGGUCAGAGAGUUCAGCCACUCCAGUCAGGUGGUGCUGAGAGGCCUGCAGGAGGCCUUAGACUCUGAGGCUACAGCCAGCAGUAGCUCAGAUGAGGAGCCAGAGGAGGAAACGAUCCGUGGCAAGAUUUCACCUGUCAGCAGCAGCAGCAGCUGUGAGAGGCAGUGGCUGGAAGAGAGAGCGGAGCUGAGCAGCAGAUGGAGCUGGUUGCAGCUGCGUCUGACUGAACUGGAAGGGAGGAUACAACAACUGGUAGAGCGCCACAAGCACAUACGCUCCACUAAGGGUGGCAUAGCGCUUGCAGACUCCCAGCCACUGACUGACAGGCAGAUUCAGCAGACCCUGCUGAGGGAAAUGGCAGGGUUAUCCAGCACAGCCUCGGAUGCUGACACUGAACCCUGCAGCCCCACACGCCUUCUGCACAACAUAGAAAGACAGAGUGCCCAGCUUAGUCAGAUGGUCAACAGUCUGAUGCCUCCUCUCAGCUUUUCACCGCUCUCAAAAGCACCACAGACCUGGAAACUCAAGAGAAGCGGACAAAGAGGAGAUAAUGAUUUUGUGCCUGGGAGCUUUAAGAGAAGGACACUGGGGACCAGGAGACUCUUCAAAGCCGAUGUGUCAUGCGUUUGCGCCCGGACCCGACCCCUGGUCACCUACCACAAGCGCAAGCUGUUCACUUUCAACUCCUACAACCCCAGCAGUCCACUGGACUCGGGAAAGUCCACAUCUGCCCUCUCCUCUUCUCUCUCAUCAUCUUCCUGUUCAAGUUGCUCUUCCUGCGAUCCUGUAGUCUCGUGUUCUGAUCCUGAGUGCAGCUCCAGUCGGGUCAUCUCCUCCAGUACCCUCAGCUCCAGACCUCUCUCUGUGUCCUCGCUUUCCUUCGACACUACUACGUGCCAUAACGUACAGGGGGUCCUGGCCAGAGAAGAGUGGUCCCAAAGACCUUUAGUUAUCAACGCCAAACUGUACAGCCCAGAAAACCACAAGAGACGCAGCUCCACUCCACUGCAGAAUGGUCACAAAUACAAGCACCACGCACGGCAUCGUAGAGCCAGAGUCAUGGGUCUGUCACCAAUCAGGCUGUCAGGCUCUGGCCAGAGUCAACACAGCAAAGACAAUCGGAGGAAAAGGAGGAGAAAACACAUCCACAGGCUGAUGGAAGAUGAGGAUUUUCUGCACCAGCUCUGUCACCAAGAAGAAAGUUCAGAUGAUGUGCUGGAAGAGAGUUCCUCACACCUUCCACACAAACAGACUUCACAGGGCUUCGUUCGCAAACGCCAGGGAGAGAGUGUGUACAACAUCAACAACAUUGUCAUUCCCAUGUCACUGACUAAAGUGGAAAAGCUGCAGUACAAGGACAUCCAAACACCCAGUUGGCGAGUAGUUGACGCCCAGUCUCUGAUGGAGACGGAGGCAGAGGAGGAAGAGUGCGACGAGGAGGAUCAGAUUGAGGAUCUCGGUGAUGAAGUCUUUGCUCAGAGGCACCUCGCUUUGGAGGAGAGAGAGAAAUUGCGCUGGCCGUCCUGGGAGAAGAGAAAAUGCUGCAGGCGAUCUGCAAGAUCUGGCAGCAGGCUAUUAGGCAGCGGGGGCGGGAUAUCCACAUCAGGAGAGGAGAGCUCCGCGGAGUGGAGUUGCGCUCAGCUGGAUGUUGAUGAACAGCCGAGGUCAGAGGAGUGGCUGCCUCAGACACCCUGGGAGCCGCGAGUGUUUCCUUUGAAUGAGAAUGAGGAAGUGCUCUCUGAGAAACGAGAAAAAGUGGCACUGAAGUGGACCGAGUCUUUCUCAGCCUCCUUGACAUCAAAGAACUCCAACUCCCAUCACUCCCCAGCUCAGUCGUCUUGUGCUACACUGCCCUCCCAAGGACAAAGCAGGGGAAUUAAACCCAGUGGCAGCUGAGGUAGCGGUGCCUUCAAUUUUUAAUAUUUCUUCAUGUCAGGGGCCAUGACCAGAACAUGGGCCCUGGCACCCCGUAACUGGGAUACUUAAUACAUUCCACGGUAGAGCGAUUUGAUGUAAACAGCUGAAUACUUUAUAGCAAAAGUGAUUUAUUUUGUGGGUAUUGUGACACAUGGCACAGUAGUUUUAACGGAUUUGGUAGCUCCUACCACAAUUUCAGGUUUUAAUAUAAAAUAGGUACUGUAUGUACAGUAAUAUAUACCAGCAGCUCCCCUGUAGUGUCGGGUUUAUGUACUGUUUGUAGUUGUCACAUGAUAUUUAUUUUCACAGUUGUCUUAAAAUGUCUCUAUAAAAAGACUUUAGUACAUACUCUUAUUUAUGUAACUGUUACUUGAUUUACAUGUACUUUUAAAUUUCAUAUGUUCUUUUUGCUUUUUGUUGUUGUUUUGUAAUAUAUUUUUUAUGAAAAUGAGAAGGUUAUUAGUAAACAUAAACAUUAGUAAACAUACUGGAUGUCA